AAUUAUUACUCUAAGUUCGACUAAUACAUUUUUUUAUUAAAAAACAACAACUGAUUAACAACAGUCCUAGUUAAUUUCUUGUGAAAGAAAGAUUAAAGGGAUCUAAAGAUCAUCAUCAAUUCAUCAAGAGACCAAGAAAGAAAUACAAGGUUGAUCGUACAAAGAAAUCGAAAAAAUGGCGAGGACGACGCGAGAAAGAGUGAAAUCGUUCAUAAACAAUAGAUGGCUAGUGUUUGUUGCGGCCAUGUGGAUUCAGUCUUGCGCUGGCAUCGGUUACUUGUUCGGCAGCAUCUCUCCUGUCAUCAAGAGCUCCCUCAACUACAACCAGAAACAGCUCUCCAGGCUCGGUGUCGCCAAAGAUCUCGGCGAUAGUGUCGGCUUCCUCGCUGGUACUCUCUCCGAGAUCUUGCCUCUCUGGGCCGCUCUUCUCGUCGGCUCUGUCCAGAACCUUGUCGGCUAUGGCUGGGUUUGGCUUAUCGUCACCGGUCGUGCUCCCAUUCUUCCUUUAUGGGCUGUGAGUUGUUUCCUUUCUUUUUCUCCAGCUUUCUGUUUCUAUUUUGGACUAAAGUUUGCUUUUUUCUCUUCCUUCUUUUAAUGAUGUCUGUUUGGAGAAUCGAAUCUCCCAAAGUUUGCGUUUUUAAGGUUGUUGUUUGGUGGUUCCUAUGAAAUGGCUGUCAAAUCUGUGUGAGAGAGAGUGAUCCUUCUGUAGCUUGGAAAUUGAAUUCCUUCACUGUUUCUAUAAGAAAACCAGUUGACUAUUAAUCUUUCUGGUCAAGAUUGUGAAAGUGCAAUUGGAAUAUCUCCUGGGAUCCUUUUUGGUCUUUGCUCGACGUUCCUUUUACAAGCAAUUCAUCAACUUAAUCUGAAUCUCUUUGUCAUCUUUCAGAUGUGUAUCCUCAUUUUUGUUGGGAACAACGGGGAGACCUACUUCAACACCGCUGCAUUAGUUUCUGGUGUUCAGAACUUUCCCAAGAGCCGUGGUCCUGUCGUCGGUAUCCUCAAGGGGUUUGCUGGCCUCGGCGGUGCCAUCCUCUCCCAGGUAUACACAAUGAUCCACUCCUCUGACCGUGCAUCCCUCAUCUUCAUGGUUGCUGUUGCCCCUUCAGUUGUUGUUGUUCCUCUCAUGUUCUUCAUCAGACCCGUCGGUGGUCACAGACAGAUCCGUUCUUCUGAUGCCACCAGCUUCACCGUCAUCUAUGCCGUCUGCAUUCUACUUGCUGCCUAUCUCAUGGCAGUGAUGCUUGUUGAAGAUUUCAUUGAUCUUAGCCAUUCAAUCAUCAUUGCUUUCACCGUUGUCUUGUUUGCCAUUCUUCUUGUACCCAUCUUCAUACCAAUCGCAACGAGUUGCUUCACAGCAUCAACCGACCCCUGUGACACGCUCGAAGAACCUCUCCUUGGCGAUCAGCAAGGUCAGGAUCCGGGACAGUCCACCACCCCUGACCAUGGUCCUGAGCUUAUAUUUAGUGAAGUGGAAGACGAGAAACCAAAAGAAGUAGAUUUGCUUCCUGCAGUGGAGAGACAUAAGAGAAUUGCUCAGUUGCAAGCAAAGCUGAUGCAAGCAGCUGCAGAGGGUGCUGUUCGGGUCAAGAGACGGAGGGGCCCUCACAGAGGCGAGGAUUUUACUUUAACUCAAGCACUCGUUAAAGCCGAUUUCUGGCUCAUCUUCUUCUCCCUCUUGCUCGGAUCUGGUUCGGGUCUAACGGUCAUAGAUAACCUUGGGCAGAUGAGUCAGUCUCUCGGUUACGAUAACACUCACGUCUUUGUGUCCAUGAUUAGCAUUUGGAACUUCCUUGGACGCAUUGGAGGCGGUUAUUUCUCCGAACUCAUCGUCAGGGACUAUGCGUACCCAAGACCGGUUGCUAUAGCAGUGGCUCAGCUUGUAAUGUCAGUAGGACACAUCUUCUUUGCAUACGGAUGGCCUGGAGCUAUGCACAUCGGCACACUAUUGAUUGGACUUGGCUAUGGUGCUCACUGGGCCAUCGUCCCAGCCACUGCCUCUGAGCUCUUUGGUCUAAAGAAGUUUGGAGCUUUAUACAAUUUCCUGACGCUGGCCAACCCAGCGGGAUCCUUAGUCUUUUCGGGGCUGAUCGCAAGUUCCAUUUAUGACCGCGAAGCAGAGAGGCAAGCACAAGGAUCCUUGUUCAAUCCUGACGAUGUCCUGAGAUGCCGAGGUUCCAUCUGUUACUUCUUGACGUCACUCAUAAUGUCUGGAUUCUGCCUCAUUGCGGCCGCCUUGAGUAUGAUCCUUGUGCAACGUACGAAGCCGGUUUACACAAAUCUCUACGGCAAAACCCGCAACUGAUUUUAAGAUACCAUAUUACGAAAAUAUCCCACCAAGAAAAGAAGCUGGGUUCUUUGAGUUUCAUACCUAUAUAUAUGAUUGUGUUCAUCAUCUUAUUCUUUGGCUUGGUCUUCCACUUCCCCAUACAUGUGUAUUUGGUUAUGUAACGAUUUUUUGUGUCCGGUGUUGUGUAUGGAUUUUGAAUUCGCAUUUGUAAUAAUUGUAUUCACAUUAUUCAUAUUCUCCAGC